AUGUAUUCUAGGAUAUCAGUGAUUUGCUCGCCAUGUCACAAUAGCACAGCACGCAAAGCAACGGAUUGGUACAGGAAGAACUAUGAACUGCCAAGCCAUCUUCUGUCCACAAAACAGGCUUGUUUGACAACCACAAGCUGCAUUUCUGCUGCAGCUCAUGGGAAUUCGGGUUCUGCUCUCUACAAUUGCUGCGGCUUUGGCUCAGAGAUAAACCACAGUUGUCUAUCCUAACGUCUUUAAAAGCG